GGGGGGGGGGGAUUAACUAAUGUCAUCUUCAACAUCUUUAAAUACGAAGAAACACAAAACUAGAGAACAUCCACACGUGACAGCGGCACGGCGCUAUAUGAGGAAAAAGGCAGCAAGCAUCAGGACCAGUCGGGAGUCAGACCUCAGCAGCGCGCGCAACGCACUCUCGCUCACCGGCUCUCGUCUCCCCCCCUUUCGAAAGAAAGCAACACAUGUGAGUUUGUUUCCGCUGCGCUACAGGACACCGAGCGGACAAGUUUGAGUGCGGGACCGCAGGUAAACGGAAUCUAAGCUUUUAACAGAGAGGAGGGAAAGGAAAUGCCCCGGCUCCCACCCCCCCACCCUUCUUUCAGCGUCCGCGACCACCUUUUUUCCUCCUCCUCGGACCUCUGUUCUCUUCUGGAGACACAAGUUUCUCACACAAAGAGGGAUGCUGUAUGUUCCCGAGCCGCACUUGCACUCAGAAGGAACCUAAAAGUAGACCGGAGCGGAAUUACACUUCAUCGGAUGCAAGCGCACCAAAGCGGACACUUUUAGCGACUGGAGGAUCAGCGCGCUUCAUAAAAUGAUCCCAAUCGGCGGCGUGAUAACAUGUCGCAUCGCGUCUGAUGUUUGACACAUGUUGAGGAUCGACUAGAGAAGAAACUGGAGGAGGACAUAACAAAGUCCGAGAAUUCAUCCCGAGCCCUGCUGGCACCUUUUUUUUUUUUACUGGAGUCCGGACAACAGAUCGCCGUCCAGAUGCAGUUUCGACUCUUCUCUUUUGCCCUGAUCGUUUUGAACUGUAUGGAGUACAGCAGCUGUCAGGCGCCGUCGCACCGCUGGAGGAGAAACAAAAGAGCUAGCUAUGGAGCGUACCCCAUCUGUAAAGGCUGCUCGGUGUGCUCCAGGGACAACGGCUGUGUAAACUGCCAGCCCAAACUCUUCCUGUUUUUGCGGAGAGAGAGGAUGAGGCAGUACGGGGAGUGUCUUCACGACUGUCCGGCCGGAUACUACGGCAUGCGCAGCCCGGAACUCAACAUGUGCUCCAGGUGCAGGAUAGAGAACUGCGAGUCCUGCUUCAGCAAAGACUUCUGCACCAAGUGCAAGUCUGGCUUUUACCUCCACAAAGGGCGCUGCUUUGACAAGUGCCCCGAGGGCUUUGCCCCGCUGGAGGAAACCAUGGAGUGCGGAGAGGGCUGUGAGGUGGGCCAGUGGAGCGAAUGGGGAGCCUGCACCAGGAGAAACAAAACCUGUGGCUAUAAGUGGGGUCUGGAGACCCGGACGCGGCACAUUGUAAAGAAACCACCCAAGGACACAAUACCCUGUCCCACCAUCGCUGAGUCCAGGAUGUGCAAAAUGGCCAUGAGGCACUGCAGGAGAGAUGGCUCAGGGAAGCAGCGACCCAAGAACCAAAGAAGAAGAACAGCAGAGGCUGCGGUUUCGGGCCCAGAACCAGCACAGCGACCACUUGGCCUCUGCGCGCCCCAGCCGUGAGGACUAAAAAAACUACAAACUAGACUUCCCAUUAAAAAAAAAGAAAAAAAGAACCAACGCAACGCUGCUAGCCGCUGCAAACCCCCCCCCCCCCCUCCCCCUUCCCCCUCCGCCCCUGCACACCAGGAAACACAACCACAACUCCAAGAGUCCGUCACUACAAACAUAUUUUCUAACGUACCGUAUCAGUAUCAACACACUACACAUGCUUCAUGCCUCCCGCCGCCCCCCAGCUGCAGUAACCAGCCAGGUGACUCUCAGCCCCCCCCCCCCUUACCUUGCCUCGUGGACCCUUUACAGUUGACAACAAAUUUCCUGUCAUUAACAAUGCCAUUAACCGUGCAGAGUGAUGGAAGACGCAGGGGCAACCAGAGACUGUGGAGGCGGGAGAGCCGGAUGGAGGGAGGCGGGUAGGAAGGGAGGGGGGGGGCGUGUAAAAAAAAGAGAGAAGAUGAAGCUACAAUAGAGAUUCGACUGAAGCGAAUGAUGCUGAUGGACAAGAAAAGGGCAUCUUGAACUGAAAGAGACAGUUUUUUUGUUCCUAUAUUUAUGUUAAAACCACCCUCACCUUCCCCUCUCAAUGGAGACGGAGCGUUCCUAUGUGUGGCCUUUAUGUUAUGUACAUUUUUGAGAGUAAUAUUAAAGAAAUUACCAUGCAUAGUUGCAAAGUAUUUUAUUCUCAGCACAAACUGUUUACGUUCAAACCGCUUUAUGCUCUAACUGUAUAGUGUGGAUAUAAAACAAAAGAAGAAAUUUAGUUGUUUGACAAGCAUGGCAACAGACUCAUGUGUACAUAGUUUAUCUAAUUAUGAAAGCUUAUUACUGUAUUUUCAGUAUUGACUCGUUCACCAUUCUAAAUGUUUUAGAGAUUAAUUGGUUGUAAUACCAAGCUGCAGAUUAAAAUGAUUAAAAACAAAUAAUAAACAUAGCCGCCACUUAGCUAUUUCAUUUAUAUGGUAUAUAUUUGAUUUAUUUAUUAAUUCUAUUUUGUACUUUUUUCUUGUUCCGUGAGAACUUUUGCCUCAUACUGUUACUCUUAUAUGCUGAAAUAUUCUUUGAGUUCCUUAUAACAGUGCAUAUCUUUAACACGUGGAAAAGGGUUUUUUUUCUUCUGAUGUCAUGCAAAGUCUUGUAAUACAUUCAUUUGACCUCAUCUACUGAUUUCAAUGUUUUCAAGAAGACGCAAAAAAAGACAAACCCAUGCUUUGACAUAUUCUAGGUUUAAUGAUUAGGAUCCAGCAAAUGUAUGGUCAUAGGACUGCAUAUGUGUACAUUGUGUUUUAUUAAAAAUACAUUUCAUGUGACUGUA